AUGUCUCUGAAGAAUGCCGGUUGGGAUGUGGUGAACAAUGGAACCGGAGACUUUAAUUUUUGUGUGCCGCUCAUCAUGCUAUUGGGAUUCUGUGAAGAUUAUCAACGCGUGGUGAUUAACGCCCGUCACGAAUUGAUUUUAAUACGAUCGCGCAAUGAUAACAACUGUCUCUUUGGAAAUGCAGCGAUGGAGCCUAAACUUGAAUUAUUCAAGAUACAGUGGCGCAUGCCGCAUGUGUUAUUAAACGAGGUGAACAAACUGUCGAUGCUGCGUGCUUUGGAACGCGGUCAAUACCUCAAUAUGGGAUUUCGUUCAUGGGAUCUGUACGAGUAUCCGCUAUUGCAACAGACGACUAAACAUUCAUGGGCUAUUAAAACGGCUACUCAGCUCGAAAAGCCGCGGUAUCUUAUCUUUGCUCUGCAAACAGGUCGGAAGAAUAUCAUGUCACAGAAUGUGAGCCAAUUCAGUCACUGGAAAUUGAGCAACGUGAAACUCUAUCUGAAUUCGGAAUGUUAUCCAUACGAUGAUAUGAAUCUGGAUUUCGAUAAAAACAAAUAG